AAUGUAUCGUGCAGAGAAGCUACCCAACACCAACCUGGUGUUCCUAAUCACCGAUGCCAAGGCAACGUGUUUGUCAUGCGACACCAGGCCGUUACGACAAGCCGAACAACCCUCUGAGGGUCCAGAUCCAUGUGAGCUGGCCCAGAAUCCAAGGUACCGCAAAGGACCGGAUGUGUGCUUUGACAACAACGAAAAUGAAGACGAUUCUGAUUGCGGUGGAGGGACCUGCCUAAGCCCGAGUCUCUGGGCCAUGCUCGCGCUCCAACUGCUGCUCUUGUGGCUCAGCACACCUUUACAAAGCUCAUGACGCCUAC